GUGAGGGAUGCAUUAAACGACAUUGAUUGUAUAUAUUGCAGCCAAGUACCGACAUGAUGAGCUCCAAGGAGAGAUGCCUGACACGACCGUCUAUCGCCAUCCCAUGUACAUAUGUUUCCGAACGCCGAACACCGCUUCGCUUCGAAUCGUCUAUCAUAUCUUCCGGCACACCAUCAUCAACGAUCACUCCACCAAACUUCAUCACCACCAUCCCAUUUUCGAUCCCGGGAAAACGGCACCCGGGAAAAAAAGCCACCCAUCGAAAACGUACUGGAAUCCUCCCAUCCAUCAAACUGGUCAAACUCUCGAAUUUCUUCCCUCCCCGAAAUUUCCGUCCCAGCAAACCGCGCUCCCUCUCUGAUCGGUCCCGGGGGGG